UUUCGUCACUUGGAAAAUUGCAACAUUGCGACAGCAACAGCCAACUGAAGAAGAAAAGAAAAGAGAUGGAAGGAAAAGUAGUAGAACUGUACGAGCUUCACUACUCUGAUUUAAUGCAUCUGUCUUCAGACAAAUCUUUAUUAGCAGAAUCAAAUGACUCAAUUACCAGAAAUGUAAUGGAAAACCUAGGGCCAGAUGGACCAGGACUUGUGGCAAUCACAGGUGUUCCAGAAGCUUCCAAUCUCCGUGGAACUCUUCUGCCUUUAGCUCCAAGACUUGCUCUUCUCAAUAAUGAUCAUCGCAACCGCCUUCUUAAGGAACACAAUCUGGGAAGUGAUGUUUCUUUGAAGAAUCCGAAUAGAAAUGUCUCCUCUUUUUCCAUGCAAUUGAAAUAUGAGCAGUGCUUUGAAAGAAGUGACUGUCUGGUUGAUGAUGUAGAAUUUGGUAAUCGGGAUGAUGAAGAGGUUGAUCAGGAUGAGUUUAAGAAAUUAGGUUGCACGUUUAAGCAGCUAGGAUAUUGCAUGAUGGACCUAGGGCUUCGUCUUGCACAAAUAUGUGAUAAGGUCAUUGGGGGUCAAGAGCUGCAACAGAGCUUACUAGAGUCUGGCACAGCUAAAGGGCGUCUAAUCCAUUACCAUUCCGCUGUUGACAAUGAUAUUGUUAGAGAAGCUGCUAAAAGAAAUGGACAGGCUAAAGCAAAAAAUGGAAAAGUCAAUAAGAAUGAGGUAUCGAAAGACCAAUCAAAUGAUUAUGGUCUAUGGCAGCAGUGGCAUUAUGAUUAUGGUAUUUUCACUCUCUUAACAGUUCCUAUUUUUCUGUUGUCCUCUCACCAAGAAACACCAGCAGCUAUAAAUAACAAUUCACCGGUUUCUUUUGAGCAUGAAUUCCCCUCGCCCAGUGGGCACACAUAUCUUCAAAUAUUUGAUCCCAAAAAGAAUCAGGUCUUCAUGGUGAAGGCACCUUCAGAGAGUCUCAUUCUGCAGGUUGGAGAAGCAGCUGAUAUAUUAUCUAAGGGGAAGCUACGAGCAACACUUCAUUCUGUUUGUAGACCACCAAAGGUUAAUAACUUGAGCAGGGAAACAUUUGUUGUCUUCUUGCAGCCAGCAUGGAGCAAACAAUUCUCUCUUUUGGAUUACCCACUUGAACUUUUAGCUUUAAGUGGUCAGCAGUGCGGGGUAUGUACUAAAGGGACUGAACAGUCUACGCACGUGUCGAAGGAAUUAAGUCAUGAUAUUCAAAAGAUUGUUCCACCACUUUUAUCGAGGAUGAAAGAUGGGAUGACAUUUGCAGAAUUUUCUCGUGAAACUACGAAACAAUACUAUGGUGGUCAAGGCUUACAGUCCAACAAAUAGGCUUUCUGUGGAUAUCUUUAUAUGCCCGGAGGUGCCAUCCAGCUGGACAAUGUUAAACUGGUGUUUACGAAGGGUCAAUUUCCCUGUCUCAGAGAUAACGCUAGGUAAAGAAGUGACAUGCACUUAUACUGUGAAUUCAUUUCCCAUUGAGGUGUACAUCUGAGGAAGAAAAAUGAGACAUGUCCUGUUAGAUGUGAUUUUGGUAAAAGCAAAAUUAAAAACUUUAUUAGAGUAUGAAUUUACCAGGUAAUUGAAAUGCUUGUUAUGGUUCA